UAGACUCACUAUAUACUCAAGUAUGAUGUUGGAUGUGUUGUUGGUUGAGUGGCUAAAACUGUUUGGCUACCUAUCAAGGGUGCUUGAGUUUGAAUCCAGAAGAAAAAGGAAAACAUAUUGUCUUGGCUUGUGCUUUCGCCUACAGUAGGGAUCAUUGCCCUGGAUAGACCAACAAGGUGCAGCCACUUUGGGAUUGUCAGUACAAGAAGGUGUCUGAAACAGUGGUAGGGAUCAAUCCUGCAGAGUAGAAGACAUCCAUUGUGUGUUGGGAGGGAAUCUUCCUAGGGACAACAACAGAGUGACGUGGAUCUGUGACCUUGUGGCAGUGGCAAAAGAGCUUUUGAAUUUUAUACAAAAAAAUGACAGUUGGAGAUCUGCGCAGCAGGGCUAAAAAUAAACAAAAUGAAGAAAGUAAAAAAUUACCAUCUGAUCUCAGCCCUGUUCCAGGAGACAGCCAAGGCAAUAGUGUUGAAAAAAUAAAAAAUAAAAACAGUAAAAAGAAAACAUCAGCAAAAGAAAAAAACUCGUCACCAAAGUCUAGUCUACUAAGUCAUUGCACUAGCAAGAUCAAGUACAUAUUUCUUAUCAUCUUCAUUCCUCCAUUCCUCAACUAUGCCUCUUUACAAAGAGAGAGUUUAGAGCUAAAACCAGAAGGUGAACUUUAUGAUGUAGGAUGGGGACAAAAGUUGUUUUUAUCUUGUCGAGGAAAGGGCCCACCCACUGUUGUUUUGGAUGCUCCAACAGGAAUGAGUUCUGAUGUCUGGACUUUGGUGGCAGCCAAACUGGCAGACCAUGCUAAUGUGUGUAUCUAUGACAGAGCAGGCCUUGGAUUCAGUGAAAGACCUUUGAAUAAAUCAAACAGUACACCAGAUCAAGCUUCUCAUAUAAACUUCAAUGAUUUUUCCAAUUGGAAUGCUUUCACAGUGGAAAGAAUGGCAGAUGAUCUGUACAAGUUAUUGACAACCAGCAGUCAACAACCAAGGCCAAUAAUUUUUGUUGGGGCUGAGUUGGGUGCAGUGGUCUCCCAGUUCUAUGCACACCUAUAUGAAAGUGACAUUCUUGGUCUAAUACUAGUCAACCCAUUAUCAGAGGAUCUUUUCCAGCAGCCAGAUAGUGUAUGGGCUCAACACUGGUAUGGCAGUCUAGGCCCAACUUAUCAAACACUUCAACUUGGUGCUGCUCUUGGUAUCACAAGGCUGGGACUUCUUCUAGGCAUCCUGAAACAGCCAAUCAUUGGAGAACAUGUCCCUGAAAAUGUAAUGCUUAGACAGAAAUAUUUAAUGUGUCACCCUCGUCACUUGAGCUCUGUUGUGGAUGAGCAUUACUUCAUCAAUGAAACUUUUUCACAGAUUAGAACAUUAAAGAAGAUUAAGUCUUUGGCCUCAAACAUUUCUGUCACAGUGUUGACAGGGAAUUAUUAUGAUGAGCAGAUGCAAGGGCACUUGAAUAAAGCAUGGGCCAGGGCAGAGCAAAGCUUAUUGUCCAAGUUUCAACCCACUGUCCAACACUCAGUUGUCAAUGGAGCAGACCGACAUAUGAUUUACAGGAAACCAGAACCUAUCGUAGAGGCUGUGCUGAAAAUCAUUCGGAAGUGGAGAAGAACAAGAUUGGCUGGUAGCCAAGCUGCUUGACCAAGAUUUGAAGAUAUUAUUGUGCUAUUGUUAGGUUUUUCUUUUAUUAUUUUUGUUUUUGGCUGUAAACAUCAUUAAGUCUACACUGGAUUAUAGGAUAGAGGAAACAGAAACUACUAAAUGUGAUAUUGUUUCAGAUCAGUAGUGCAAUAGUUUUUAGACGGUGGCUGGAAGAUGGCACAUUGGGAACCCCCAAAAAUAACAAACAAAAUAAAGUGAGUGAAAAAUAAAACUUAGCUUACUGUGAAUUCCAAAAUAUGACAAUGUUAAUUAUUUGAUUGUUACUAAAAUCAAAUAAUUAUUUGAGAUUAUAGAGCGGAAACUUUGCUUGAGGUGGUAGCCCUUAAUCUUAUAAAUUGUUAUAUUGAAUUCCCCCCCCCUCCCCCAAACCAUGAUGCUGAUUACUUCCCAUGGCAUAUCUGUGCAUAAUGCACAUUUAUCUGGUUGUCUCCCAUGCUAGCACUAUAUGACACUUUUUUUUGUGUGUACAAUUUUUCUCACUAGUACACAGAAGUGCAGAAUUUUUGUGUAAAGAAAUUCUAUUAUUUUUAGUACUUUUUUGUUGUUUUUGUUUUGGAUUAUUGUAUUGUAAAAUUACCUUAAAUGAGGCAACCCCACGCUAUAGGUGUUCAUUCACAACAUCACAAAUACAUAAUAACAAUGUCCCCCUUGAGAACAGCCUCUUCAUAAGUUCUAGACUUGGGCAGAACUUACUUCUCUCUCAUUUCAACAUUCUUUUUCAGUCUAGUCUCUAAUACAUGCACCUUCUGCACUAGCUUGGAUGGCAGUGUGCAUGGCAGGGUUAUAACAAUAUACUAAUUUCUUUUCAAGAAGACCUAAGUCUUUAAGCUAAGUUAAUCGGUAAUUAGAUUUAGAGUUCACUUAUUUCUGUGAAAGUCACAGUUAUUUCAUCUAAUUGUGAAAUAGUAUUUUGUGUGGCCAGCACAGCAGCCAGUAAAUUUUACUUUUUUCCAGCCAAUGACAGUAAGGCUAUUGAGCUGUGUGUAUUUGAAAUACUUUAAAUGUCUUUGCCUUCACUUUGUUGUGCUCCAAUCAAAAUUUACAACAUAUGUGCGCAUCCACACAGCUGCUCGGCUUUUCAGACACUCUUUAAAGAACAGGAUAAGGCUUAGCAAACCUUUAAAACGUUUAUUUACUGGGGAAAAUGGUCAUUGAGUCUUCUACCCUUAGCAUCUCUAUUGUCAUUCAUUCUAGCAUCUCUAAACAUGUCAUAUUUCUAAUUUUAUCUACUCUUUUCGGUCAACAGAUUACUACAUGAAUAACUAUCAAAUAUGUAUCAUAACAACUGGUAUUCAAUAUUCAGAACUUGACUUGCUUAAAUAGGCUUUGAUCAUAUAUGCUAAUUUUUAAAGUGCAACCUUUUAAUUUGCCAUUUAAAGCAAUAUGUUGAUGAGUAAUAGGCUGGAACCAGAAUUUUCAAUCUUAAAUUUCUUUUUUUAUGUAUUACUCUGAUGUAAAUGAAUGUUGAGAGUAUCUACUUGAUCUGGUCAACUUGGAUGUUUUGUAAAUGCUAGGAGUAGCUGCUUGAUCUGGUCAACUUGGAUGUCUUGAAAAUGUUAUUAAAUACAUAUAAAUGUACACAGCCUGAAUGUUCUUAUUUUUGUUAUAAUAAAAUAUUUUAAAUUAACUA